UCUCUCUCUCAUUUCACUUUUUCAUUUUUCUUCCUUCUUCUGCAGACCCAUUCUCUACUUCUUCUUCUAUAUAUGUUAUGCCAGUCCUGAUAUAUACACACCUUCUACAGUAAACCUCUCCAUUUCCACCUUGUCCACGUAAGCAUCUGUUGAGCAUUUUCCAUGUCAGCUUACAGGUUGGAUGAGAGAGGUAAAAUCAAGUUGGAUGAGAGAGAUUGGAAAAUUGAAAGGGGGCAAACGAAAUUUUGCUUGCAGCCUCUCUCUCAUUAGACAGCAGCCUCUCUCUCAUCUUCACCUCUAGGGUUUUCUUGCUCACCCACCGUCUCCCCCACCAUUUUGCUCAGCCACCGUCGCCCCCAAUAAAGCAAGUCCCCUCCGCUCGGAUCGGUCUUCCACGUUGUCGCUGGGUUCGGUCCUCCCUCGUCCCAUCCGCGGCUCGCCCUCACUCUCUCUUUCCCUAGUUCAGAACCACCCUUUCUCCCCCUUGAGAAACAAGGUAUGAUGGUGCUUGUUAUUGUAUCUAUUUCCAAUCAAAAUCAACGUCUGGGCCUGAUUAUUUUCCCCCAAAUGCAUGUAUUUGUUGAGAAAUUUGAUUUUGGUGGAUUGAUAUGGGUUUAGAGAACCUCCCCUGAAUAAUUAUGAUAUGGGUUUAGAGAACCUCCCCUGAAUAAAUUUUCUGUUGUAUUGAAUUAGUUUCAUUUGGGUGAUGUAAAAUUUUCUUUUUAUUUCUUGUGGGUAUUUUUCUUUGGGUGAAUUAGCUGGAUUGAUUUAGUUGUAUUGAUAUGGGUUUAGAGAACCUCCCCUGCACAUUUGGGUGCUGUUUUUUUUUUGUACCCAUGGAUUUGAACAUUCCUCAUUACUUUCUGGAUCAAUAAGUUUGUGUACAUGAUAUCCAUGCGCAUCUAUCACAUGUUCUGAUAGAGCUGCUACUGUAUCUAGGCCAGAGAAACCUCCUAUCAAGCAUGUAUAUGUGAGGCACCAAGCUGGCACUAGUGAGGUUAACUAACUGUAGUUGACAGUUAGUGUUAAAUAAAAGAGGAUUAACUAACUGCAGUUAAUGGUUAGGGUUAGGAUAUACUAUAAAUUGGAGGAUUAACUUAACUCCUCAGUUAGCAUUCUUCUGGUAGAUAGAAAUUGGUUAGAACUGAUUGUGGAAUCAGUUAGGGGUUUCCUUCCUUCCAGAAGUUUCUUGUUCAUUCUCUGUUUUCAGUUUCUCUCAAACUAGAAUCUCCAUUGUUACUGGUUGAGAGCUUUGAGUCUAUUGUAUAGUGAUUUUGUGUGAAAUUGCAUUACCAGUUCUAACAUGUUCUGUGUCCAUUAAGAGGCACUGAUUUUGAUUCCGCUUGUAAAAUGCUCCUAGUAUUUUCUUCAGAAACCAUGUUUGGCACAUGUGCUUUCUGAGAUUCCUUAUGGUGAAGACUCAUACAUGUCUCAAUUUGCUGUUGUUCCUCCUCCCACACCAAGCCCAGCUGCAUCCACUCACCCAUUUAUGCAAAAUAUGGUACGUUUUAGGCACACUUGUAAGACAAAGUGGCUUGUUAAGGUGAAUAAGCAUCUAACAGAUGCCCAAAGGUCUCGAAUUCAGAGAACCCCGUUUCACUCAUUAAUGGAAAUGCCCGAAAAAUUACGUACCAAUUGCAUAUUGUUGUCUAACUUAGAGAGUCGGUGGGAGGAGAACCGUUUCGGUUUUAAAAUACAAGAUAAUGUAGUGCCUUUUACUCCACUAGAUGUAUGUUUCUCACUAGGAUUGCGUCUAGUUGGACUAAAUGUGAAUUACAAUGGAGAUGAAGAUGCUGAAUGCCAUACCAAAGGUUUAUUUAAGGGGGAAGAAAUAACAGUUAAGACAAUAGUUAAGCAACUAAGGAGGCAUAAAAGUGAUGACAAGGUUGAUGACUUUUGUAGGCUAUAUAUCCUUCUUGUGUUUGCAACGUUUUAUUUCCCGCAGAGUUCAACCAGUUGUUUGUUGCGAAUGUUAGAUAAUCUAAAUUCAUUGCAAGAAUAUAGUUGGGGUGUUGCUGUUUAUGAUACCUUGGUUCUAAGCUUGAGUCGUUGUGCAAAAUGCUUGAAUAAGUCAAAGAAUAAAUCAGUUGUCAGGAUAACCGGUUGUGCAGCCAUAUUACAGAUUUGGGCUUUGGAGCACAUGUUCUUGCGUGGAAGACCUAUAUGUACUGGUACCAUACGGUCAUUUCCGCGAUUUUUACGUUGGCAAAAUGUUGCAAUGCGCAAGGAUAAAAUACUGAAAGCAUUUGAAGACAAUCGUGUACUUGAGAAGUUGGCUGCCACAAGUGAAGAGCUACAGUAUGAUGUUGUGAUGGAAGCAAUGCAAAAGGCACCAAGCGGGUUUCCCCAUAGGCACAAGCUGAAUUUUUAUGCGGAGAGAGAGAGACAUGUAAACAUCAGGUCAUAGUUGCACACAAGGAGAUUAAGGAAAUGAUAUCUUUUAUUCAAAAUGAUUUCAUGAUGAUUAAGCAAGUUCUUCAACCAACGGUUGAGUCAAGCCCACAAACUAUUAAUUACACAUGUGAGGAUGAAGCAAACACAUGGUGUGACGAUAAUCGUAGUUCGGCCAAAGAUCAUGAUGAAUGCCACAUUGAGGAACAAAAUCUGCAAGUAAUAUCCAACAUAUACACACGUCUUAAGGAUGAACCAAGAAAGCGCAUAGAAAGUGCAGUAACUAGAUCACCUUGGACUACAUAUCAGAGGAGACGCAACAAGGGCAAGGAGGUUAAAGCUGGAAACUUGUAACGGUUUUUGUUAAGUUCUUUAUUGAAGAGAAUGUUUUAAGUAGAAAAUCUUUGUUAAUUAAUGGGGUAACUUUGAUGUACUAUGUAGAUGCACCAUCUAUGGUGGUUUUGUUAUGUCCAUUGAGAAUAGGAGUCCUAAUCCUAUUCAUGUGUUUUAGACAUAUAUUUGUAGCCUUUAUUAAGAGCAACUACCCGCAAAGUCAAACAUUACUACCCAAGUAUAUGUAAUUGAUACUUUGUUAUGUGCCACUGAGAUUACAGGCUCUUAAUCUACUUCAAGAUUACAGGCUCUUAA